GCCGCGGCGGGCGGGGCGGUGGCGGCGCGGCCCGAGGUCACUUGUCGCGGGGGCGCAGCAUGGCCGCGGCGACGCUGGUCGGGGGACCCGCGGGCUGGUGGCGCUGGCACAGGCGGGUGCGGGCGGCGAUGGUGUGUUCUAGGGCAAUGGCUUCCAAAACACCAGUUGGAUUCAUUGGGCUGGGUAACAUGGGAAAUCCGAUGGCGAAAAACCUGGUAAAACAUGGAUAUCCAGUUAUUGUGUAUGAUGUGUUCCCAGAAGCUUGCAAAGAAUUUCAAGACUUGGGUGCUCAGGUAACGGAUUCCCCAGCAGAUGUAGCAGAAAAAGCAGACAGAAUUAUUACCAUGCUGCCUUCUAGUCCCAAUGCAAUAGAAGUUUACACAGGAGCAAAUGGAAUUCUAAAGAAAGUGAAGAAAGGCUCAUUGCUAAUAGAUUCCAGUACUAUAGACCCUGCAGUUUCAAAAGAAUUAGCCAAAGCAGUUGAAAAAAUGGGAGCUGUUUUCAUGGAUGCCCCAGUUUCUGGAGGUGUUGGAGCUGCUCGAGCUGGAAACCUUACUUUCAUGGUUGGUGGAGUGGAACAAGAAUUUGAUGCUGCCAAAGAAUUGCUGACAUGCAUGGGUUCUAAUGUGGUCUACUGUGGAGAGGUUGGAACCGGACAGGCUGCAAAGAUCUGCAACAACAUGCUCUUGGGCAUCAGUAUGAUUGGAACUGCUGAGGCUAUGAAUCUUGGAAUCAGAUUAGGCCUUGACCCAAAGCUGCUGGCCAAAUUGCUAAAUAUGAGUUCAGGUCGCUGUUGGUCAAGCGACACAUACAACCCUGUUCCUGGAGUGAUGGAAGGAGUACCAGCUGCUAAUAAUUAUCAAGGUGGCUUUGGAACAACACUCAUGGCUAAGGAUCUUGGCUUGGCCCAGAUUUCUGCCACCAACACAAAGACUCCAGUUCCUUUGGGAUCCCAGGCACAUCAGAUCUACAGGAUGAUGUGUGCAAAAGGCUAUGCUCUGAAAGACUUCUCAUCUGUGUUCCAGUUUUUACGUGAGGAGGAAACAUUGUGAGCUGUCCUUUGGAAAUGGACACAAUAACAAACCACAUGUUUUUAUCCUUAUAGCUCAUUUGAGAAGUAUGUGGGUUUAAUCAAAUACUGUGCAUCCUGAUCCCAUACAGACUAAUCAUCUUUGGUUGUCUAGAUAGCAGCAAACGCCAGUUUUUUUUCAUAUUUCUUGAAAAAGCAAGCCAGAGGAAGGGAUUGUUUGGCAAUUAGCCAGACAGUAAUCUUUUUUUUUUUUU